AUGUCUAAAGGAGCAAGUAGUUCAUCUUGCACCUCUUCUUCGCUAUCAUCUGAUGAGGAAGUAGAUGUUAGAGAUUUAAAACCAAUUAAGGAAUAUUUGUCAGAUCGUAGAGAAUUAGCACGUCAAUUAUUUAAAUCUGUCAAAACUGAAAAGAUACAAAUGAUGUUGCCUCAGACAUUAAAGAAAAUGGAUUUAGGACAGUUAGAAAAAUGGUGUGCCAAUGAAUUAAGUGGUAUGUCAAAGAGCCGUAUAUUAUGUAUUUUAAAUGGAAAACCUAUGUUAGAAUCAUCGGAUACAAGUGAAUCGGAUGAUUCAGGACCCUCUUUGGAAAUUAUCUCAGAUACAGAGGAAUGGUUUACCGACGAAGAUAUGUCUAAGAAGGAAGAAAGUUCAAAAAUGCUUAAAGGUAAAAUAAAGAAGGAAAGGAUUAAGCAAAAAGGAAAAUCUCAAUUUCAUAAAAAGAACGACAACAAAUCUAUUCAUAAAAAAGUUCCUGAUACUACAUAUAAAAAUUUACAAUUUAAAAAGGAAGAUGACAUAGAGAAAGCUAAAGAAAAAGAAGGUGAUAGUUUAUUGGACUUGUUGGAAUUAGAAAUGCGUGCAAGGGCAAUAAGAGCUUUAAUAAGGAAAGAGGAAGAUAUAAUACCGAAUACUUCUAAAUCUGUAGCAAGUAACGAUACUUCGAAUGAGAAUGCAGUGACCAAGGCAGAGCAAGAUGAAAUAAAAGAAAAAGAAAAUUGUAGAAGGCAGUUGGAAAGAAUUAUCAGUGCUCAACAGAAUAGCACUGUCGAAGAUGAAGACGUUGUGUUAGUUGUUCAACCAACUCCGACAAUCGAGUUAUUGUCUAGCGAUAGCGAAGGAGAAUCCCAUAGUGGUGUACGCGUAAAUAAAAAAUUGCAAAAUGAACGUGUUAUGGAAGCCAAGGGCAAUAUUAAUCAUAUCGAGAAUAGAGAUUUAAACGAUGUACAUACUGUUAAUAACAUAGAAAAUUUAAAAGAGAAUAAAAUGACAAAAAAUUCAACGGAAACGCAUAAAGAGAUAGAUAGUACGCACAAAAAUGAAGUUUUCAAACGUAAUUAUAGCAAUAACGUGUCUCAUAAGGAUGGUCAAUCAAAAUCUGGCAGCAAGAGGCGAAAGACAAAGAAAAAGUCUCAUAUAAAGGAACAAACCAAAAGCAUAAUUUCCGAAGUAGAUACACAGUGCACAAAAUCAUCUAACGUUAGUCAAACUACGAAAGACACAAAAAAUAUCGAUUGUUUGUCGUCGAAUUCAGAAAUGAACGAAAAAGAGCCCGAAGAUACCGUCAAAUCGAAAAUGGUAGACGAUAGUUCAUCGUCUAAUAAACAAAGUUUGAUCGAGGUAUCAAGCAUAUCGAGUAAAGCAGGUUUAGACGAAGAAAAGUCCAUUGAUUUAGAUGAAAUAAUCGAUUUGGACGAUUAUUGCGACGACAUGGAUGAUACAGAGAAUAGCGAGAACGACAAAGAUGAUAAAAUUGUAGAGAACAAGCAAUGCAAGUUACAAAUGGAAGUAGUAAAUUCUCCUCAAAAAUCGAAUGGAACUGAAACUUGGGCGAGUCGUUAUUAUCAAACAGACGAUGUUCAAAACGUAAUAAAGGAAUCGAAGAUCCAAUCGGAAAUUCGUAAACGAUUACGAGAACGUCAGAGACUUUCUAAACUUAGUACGUCUCCAAGUAAAAAUUCUCCUUCGUUGUCCCCUGUAAUAGAGACUGCUAGUAAUAAAGUUACGGAGAAACAUCCAAUGGGCUCGGUCGAUGAAUAUUUAGCCUUAAAGCACACUGCCGUUAUAAGCCUCGGUACCCCAAAUAGUAGCGAUCUGACUUUGAAAGAUAACGCAGCAUCUACCAAUACGCACACAAAUACCAGUAGAUUAAUCGAAUACGAUCGUAUAUCCGAUGAACAUUACAAGAAUCAGAAAAUCGACAAAGAAUUUAACGUAAGUGAUAAUGCAAAUGAGACUGACAUAAAUGCUGCGAAAAAUGAGAAGCUAGUUGGCGCGAUUAACGUUAUGAACUCGGUUUAAUGUAACCUGUACACGGUGGACAUAGUUACAUUAAUGAUAUUUAUAUUUAAACUAGUAAAAAUAAUUUAGUAUCACGAUCAUUGGUUUCCAACCAUUUCAUACGAAAUAGGUUUUAUAUAACAUUUUUAUUCUUCGAAGCGGAGACAAGUUACAAGCUGCUCUAUAAU